CGUGAUCAAUCAAAAACAUGAGGUCAGUGAUCAAUGAUGACAGCCGGGUCGUUCUAUAAAGAGCAGCAGACCUCUUGGCGUCCCGCACUGUCUUCACCAUGUCUCACUGUGUCUCAGUCCUGCUGUUCCUGGUUCUCAUGGCCCGGCUCGGCUCGGCUCAGCCCGUCAAUAACCGGGCGGAGCUGAAGGAGGUGGAGAUGGUUCUGGAGGAGCUGAAGGCCGAGAGGCGAGCGCUGAGCGAUCGCCUGCAGGCGGCUGAGAGCGAGCUGAAGAGAGUCAGAGACACACCUAAAGUGGCCUUCGCCGCCUCGCUGGGAGGAAACGGUGUCGUGAAGACGACGACAGGCAGCAAGGACCUCAUCUACAAAGACGUCCUGACCAAUGUGGGCGGGGCUUACAGCGCUGAGACAGGAGAAUUCACCGCACCGAUCCGCGGAGUCUACUACGUCCGCUUCACCGCCAACGCCCCCACCGACUUCCCCAUGAGCGCCGUGCUCUACAAGAACGGCGCCGAGGUCCAGCUGAUCGCCCACGAGCAGCCGUCCGGAGAGGGCAGUGACACGGCGUCCAACGGCGCCGCCCUGCUGCUGCAGGCCGGGGACACGCUGAAGAUGAUGCUGUGGGAUAACACGCACAUCUGGGACAACCGCAACCACCACAGCACCUUCAGCGGCUUCCUGCUGUUCCCCCUGGUGGACGAACCUCUGACAGAGUUUGAUGCUGAAGCCGAACUGAAGGCUCUUCAGGCCUCGCUGAAGCAGGUUCAGACUGACAACCUGGAAGUUAAAGAGAGACUGGAAUCUGCUGAGCGGGAGCUGAAGGCCACGAGAGAUGUGCCGAAGGUGGCCUUUGCCGUUUCUCUGGGAGGAAACGGACUCCAGGAGGCGACGUCAGGAAGACAGACUCUCAUCUACAAAGACGUCCUGACCAACAUUGGACAGGCCUACAGCUCUGAGACGGGAGAAUUCACCGCACCGAUCCGCGGAGUCUACUACGUCCGCUUCACCGCCAACGCCCCCACCGACUUCCCCAUGAGCGCCGUGCUCUACAAGAACGGCGCCGAGGUCCAGCUGAUCGCCCACGAGCAGCCGUCCGGAGAGGGCAGUGACACGGCGUCCAACGGCGCCGCCCUGCUGCUGCAGGCCGGGGACACGCUGAAGAUGAUGCUGUGGGAGAACACGCACAUCUGGGACAACAGCAACCACCACAGCACCUUCAGCGGCUUCCUGCUGUUCCCCCUGUGAGGGAAGCUCCGCCUUCAAGUUGUCUUUAGCUCCGAUACCCUUCCGAGGCAAAUUUUGUACUUUGUGAUUUUGGGCUUUACAAAAUAAAAUGAUUUGAAUUCAAUUGAAGCACAUGUUGCAACUUAUCUGUCGAGAGGACUUGAACGCAACAUGUCGACGUCUGAGCGCCUAUGUGGUGGAAGGACAAACCUGCAGCAACGGUGUGAAGCUGUCACCUCGAUGUGGACCAACAUCUGUGAGGAAGGUGUCCAACACCUUGUUAGUAAAACACCAAGAAUUAAGAAGAAAGGGGGUCCAACCUUCUACUCAUACCUGGCGGACUAGGCGUAGUUCACGUGUGCAAAUGAGGCCCCUUCAUAUAAUAACAAGGUUUCCUGAGAACACUGACCUGGACCCUGUGAGACGGUGUGUCUGCAUGGAGGCUCUGCGACCUGAGGGGGAGGAGCCAGUCAGGAGUCAGGAGUUAUUCCAUAUAUAGAUCACGCUCCAGUUCCUCCUUCUCAAAGUUGGUGUAGAGGGUGGAGCUGGUUUUUGCCCCAGUCCAGCACUGCUUCCUCAUUGUUGCCCUGCAGCUGCAGACAGGAAGAGAAGAAGAAGCUCAAAUAUUCACUUCAUCAUCAGUUUGAAGAACUCACAGGAGAUGAUUGAUUAUCACGAUGUUUGAUUAUUAAUGUCCAGAAAUCCACAGAUUGUGUGAAUUCUUUGAUCAACACAUGGAAUAGCGACAGGGUCUGAGGUCACAUGUUCACUUUAACAUCACUGAACCACACAUGUGCACAUGCACACACACACUGGCUGAUAAC